AUGUGUGGAAAGAGUUUCCGUCAAAAUGCACACCUUAAGGGACAUCAGAGAAUCCACACAGGGGAGAAGCCCUAUGCUUGCUCUGAUUGUGGGAAGAGCUUCAUUGAUUCCAGAAAGCUUAAGCGGAUUCAGAAAACUCACACAGGCGAGAAGCCCUAUAAAUGUUCAGAAUGUGGAAAGGGCUUCACUGACAGCACAGGCCUUAAGGUACAUCAGAGAACCCACACAAGAGAGAAGCCCUACACCUGCUCUGAGUGUGGGAAGUGCAUCACUGACUGCACAAAACUUAAACUGCACCAAAGAACUCACACAGGCAAGAAGUCAUAUAAAUGUUUCGAGUGUGGAAAGGCCUUUGCUCGAAGUACAGCCCUUCAUACCCAUCACAGAAUCCACACAGUGUGGAAAGUUUCAGUCUGA